GGCGAGAGGCGAGGGAGGAUUGAGAAGAAGGUAAAGGUCAGAGAGAGGAAGAAUCAGGAAUUUGGAAUGUGGUUAGGAUCAAGCUGUUGGAGGAUAGGUUUGAAUUGGAAUACGUGAUACAGAUCUCUCCCUCUCAUACUCCCUCUCCUCAGCUCCUUCUGAUUUUAGAGAUCUCCUUGCGCUGCGAAAGAAUCACUUUUGAUUGAUAUAGCUGUGCUUUGGCGAUUUCAAGGCGGAUCUCUUCUGAAACUGUUGCUUCGUGUGGGGGAGAGAGGGUUCUGAAAUCGCCCGAUAGGGUUGCGUGUUGAUUUGAUUGUUUCGACGGAGCCGUCAAUAGGAAGCGGGGGAGUGGGCUGUCUGGCUGGUCUGGAGUGCAUACUAGGGUUAAUCAGGGCCCUGCAGAUGGGUUCCUGUAUGUCGUCGGAGGGCGGCAGAGGUGACCGAAGCAGCUUGGCUCCGACCUCGCCGGGUCCCGGGUCGCCAUGUGUGGGAUCGAAGAAGGUGAAUAGGGUUGGGAGGAAGAGGCACGGUUCUUCCCGGCACCCAUACUUUGAGGCGAAUCAUGGCGAGGAUCAGAUUCACCGAAUUCCUGGAAGAAUGUUUCUGAAUGGCGCGAGUAAUGAAGCGUCACUCUUCACCCAGCAGGGAAAAAAGGGGACUAAUCAGGAUGCCAUGGUUGUUUGGGAGAAUUUUGGUUCAAGGAUAGACACAGUUUUCUGUGGGGUUUUUGAUGGACAUGGGCCAUUUGGGCAUCUGGUAGCAAGGAGGGUGAGAGAUUGUCUCCCUCUCAAGCUGAGAGCCCAUUGGGAAGUGAAUUUGGGAGGUGACGAGUUAAGGCAGAACAGCAUUAGCACAACAGGGAGCUUGACCUCAGAAGAAAAUGCAUCUAUAGUUUUAGAUGACGAUUUAAAGGCUUCCAGUGAUUUUGAAGAGGAGAAGCUUCCCGAGGUCUUCACCACUUUGAAGGAGUCAUUCUUGAAGGCAUUCAAGGUCAUGGAUAAAGAAUUAAAAUUGCAUCCAAAUAUUGAUUGUUUCUGCAGCGGUACAACUGCCGUCACCGCACUGAAGCAGGGUCAAGAUCUUGUCAUUGGAAAUGUUGGAGAUUCAAGAGCUGUUUUAGGUACUAGAGAUCACAAUGACCACCUGGUUGCAGUUCAGUUGACCGUGGACCUCAAGCCAAAUCUUCCAAGAGAAGCAGAGAGAAUCAAACGAUAUAGAGGAAGAGUCUUUGCUCUUCAGGACGAGCCAGAAGUCGCACGGGUUUGGUUGCCAAAUUACGACUCCCCGGGCUUGGCGAUGGCUCGUGCUUUUGGAGAUUUCUGUCUCAAGGACUUCGGCCUGAUCUCCGUGCCCGAGAUCUCCUAUCACCGCAUCACCGAAAAGGAUGAGUUCAUUGUAUUGGCCACUGAUGGGAUCUGGGAUGUGCUUUCAAACAAAGAAGCCGUGGACAUCGUCGCUUCCGCCGCUGCUCAAUCUUCUGCCGCCCGUUCCUUGGUUGAGCAUGCAGUUCGUGCGUGGAGGUUAAAGUACCCAACCUCCAAAGUAGACGACUGUGCCGUCGUGUGUCUAUUUCUCAACACGAAUGAUCCCAAGAUGAAAGAAUCAUCCACAAACACACCAUUAAUGGACAUUCCUAAGCAGGACCCAACCACACCAAAUGACUCAACUAGCGUUAAGUCUUCAGUUACCCUCCAAGGCGAGGAGAGCAGGUCUAGUGUCCCCGAGCAGCUUUCUGAUGAGAAUAAGGAGGACUCGGAAGCCAUGGAAAGCGAGGAUUGGUCGGCAUUGGAGGGCGUGACGAGGUCGAACACCCUGUUGACCUUACCGAGGUUUGCUGAGGGUGAGCAGCAGCCAUCUGCUGCUGCCAACAAGGCUAAGAAGCAAAGCAGCUGAUGUGUUGUUUUUGCUCUUGUUGAUUUUGGGAACCAUAGUGAGAGCAGUACCGGCUGUAUUAGUGUGUCCGGGUGUUCUCUUUCUCCAUCUUCUUCUUCUUCAAUGUUCUUUGUAUCAGAGUCGUGAGUAGGAUUGGAGUUUUAGUAAAAUCCCAACUCAGUCAUCAAUGUGAUAUGUAUUGAGCAGUACCAUUUAGAAGCUCUUCAUUUGUAUUCCUUGGUUAAUAUUAAAAUAUUUGUCUUUA